CGCCCCCGCUUUUAUAUAAGGCCGCCGCGCGACGCCACCGGCGGCGGCGCCCGCCCCACUCGCCUUCGAUUCCUCCUCCUGCCCCCCCCUCCGUCCACUCGCCUGCCGCGCCACCUCCGCCCGCGCGUCACGCCGGCGCCGGCGCCCGGAACCGGAGGAACGCGCCGGGUUUUGAGGUUUCCAUGAGCUCCGAUCCCGUCCCGUAGCGCUUCCGCCGGCCCGUGCUCCCGUCCAUCCACAACGCUAGCGGCGAGCGCCGGAGUCGGGCGGGGAUCGCCGGUGGAAUCGUCGAGCUUCGUAGGUUCUUGCAGCACAAGUUCAGCUUUGGUCGACCGAGAAGUCGCCUUCUUCGCGGCAGCUUGGCCAAAAUUUUGGCUGCAGCUCAGUGUGAACUUGGCGUGAAAAGAUCAAAAGACCUGACGGCGAGUCCAUUCUGGUGGGUAGGACUUGAGAAGCGGCGUUGAGACCCGGUUGAUUCCCGCAGGAGUACGCCCAUCAUUAGUUGGGUUGGUUGAUACCGACCGCACCGGCCGCCCUGGAGGAGAGGAAGAGAGAGAGGGAGGAGGUGGCCGCCAUGGAGGGUUCAAGCGGAGGUGCCGGCGGCGGCGGCGGAUCGGGCUCGAGCUCGGGAUCGCCGCCGCCGUUCCUGAUCAAGACCUACGAGAUGGUGGAGGACCCGGCGACGAACCACGUGGUGUCGUGGGGCCCCGGCGGCGCCAGCUUCGUCGUGUGGAACCCGCCGGACUUCUCGCGGGACCUGCUGCCCAAGUACUUCAAGCACAACAACUUCUCCAGCUUCAUCAGGCAGCUCAACACCUAUGGUUUUCGGAAAAUUGAUCCCGAGAGAUGGGAGUUUGCUAACGAGGACUUCAUAAGGGGACAUACGCGCCUUCUGAAGAACAUCCACCGGCGCAAACCAGUGCACAGCCACUCCUUGCAGAACCAAGUGAACGGGCCAUUAGCAGAGGCUGAAAGGCGGGAGCUUGAGGACGAGAUCAACAGGCUCAAGUACGAGAAGAGCCUGCUCCUGGCGGAUCUCCAGAGGCAGAACCAGCAGCAGUAUGGGAUCAGCUGGCAGAUGCAGUCGUUGGAGGACAGGUUGGUGCAAAUGGAGCAGCGGCAGAGGAAUAUCGUAGCCUCCCUGUGCGACAUCCUGCAGCGACACAGGGUUGCCUCAGCCUCAAUGCUGGAGACAGACCACUUCAGCAAGAAGAGGAGGGUUCCGAAGAUCGAUUUCUUCGUGGACGAACCCACGGUCGAGGAACAGCAGGUGCCGUUCCUGCAGACACUGGGUGCAGAAGCACCAAGCAUGCCUCCGGGCCACCUUUUAAAUGCCGAGCCAUUCGAGAAGAUGGAGCUGGCCUUGGUGUCACUGGAGAAUUUCUUCCAGAGGGCGAGCCAUGGGUCUGCGGAAGAGAUGUACGGUGCUGGUGCUGCUGCUGAACCCAGCCCUGAUCUGACUCUAGGAGAGAUGAAUUCAGCACCAAUGGACACUAGCAUCAAUCAACAGUCAUCAGCUGGGCUGAGUCCCUUUUCUUCGACCACAGAGCAAGCUCAUUUCCCUUCUUCCUUGGCAGAUUCUGUGAGCUACGCGCCCAGUCCGAUCCUGACAUUAUCAGACAUCAAUGAAGAGGCCCAUAGGACAGCUGAAGUCGAUAUGAACUCUGAGACCACAACUGGUGACACUUCACAAGAGACCACCAGUGAAACUGAAGAUAUGCCGGCCAAGGUUAACGAUGUAUUUUGGGAGCGGUUUCUCACAGGAGAGGCCGAGUCAGGAAGACAGCACGCUAACAAUAAAAGCGAGGCAACUGAAGCAAAGGAAGAUAUAAAGAUUGCCAUAGACUGGAGUAUUCUUAAUCACCAGAACAAUGUUGAUCAGAUCACUGAGAAGAUGGGACAUCUUGAUUCAGCUGAGAAUGGCUCUGAGGCAACUGGGAAUGACUGAUAUCACACCAUCUGUGCUGAUCUACUGUCCAUUUUUAAAGCAACUGUGUUGUACAUUAUACCUUAGGCCACCUUAAAUGCAAUGAUAGUAUACCUAGCUUAGUCUUUUUGUAGCAUUUCCUACUGUAAUUAGUAAAUUAUUUGCUGACUUCUGUACAGUAUGUCCUUAUGUUUAAGUAGAUUCUGUAGAGCUAGAGCAGCACAGAUUCAGUUUUCCGCAGUCCUAAGCUGCUCCAUUGCUGCGCAUAUGCCCUUUCUGAUAAAUCCUAAUGAGAUGCAUCCUGGAAAUUCUAAAACA